AUGCAUAACUUUUUUAUAAAAAAUUCAGAAAAUGCUAUUUUACAAGACAUUUCAGAAAAAUUCAACGGAACUUCUUUAAUAACUAGAAAUUGUAUAAAAUCUAUUAACUCUUUUCUUUAUUUUUUAAAUACAAAAGAAAUGAAUAAGGAUACCUUAAACAGCAUAUUAAUCCUUUUAUUGAAAUCUUUUCAAAGUAAGGAAUUAUACUUAAAACAAGUUGUUUAUAGUACACUUGUAGAGGUGUCAAAAUAUACAGAUCAGGGAUUUAUAGGAAUAAAUAUCAUUGUUAAAGAUUAUUCUCAAUCAAAGAUUAAACAUAAAAUUAUAAAAAGUUUAUUUUGCAUAAUUCCAGAGGAAAUGAUUAAUGAUUUUACAAAAAUGCUUAAAGAAGCUUUUUUAAGUAAUGAUCAGAAUUUGAUUAAUUCUGCUGUAAUUGUUUGUUUAUUUUUAUUGGAUAAAAAUUGUUCUAAAGUUAAAGAUCUUUUUAAGACUCUAAAUAUUACAGAUGACAUUUAUGGAUAUCAUUCAUUAAAUCUUUUGAAUCUUAGUAAUAAAAUUUUAGGAAAUAAUGAUAAAGGAUCUUUAAGAAAUAUAUUCAGUCAUAAAAAUGAGGCAGGAAUUUUAAGUGUAAGAUUAGCGACAAAAUUUAAAAAGUUUGAACUUUUUAAAAAUUUCUUAAAUUUAAGAAUUAGUGAUACGUAUGUCUUUUUUGAGGCGUGUAAACAAAUGUCAAUGAUUAAAGAGGAAUACUCCAUUUCUUAUAUUUCAAUGAUUUGUCAAGGAUUAAGAAGUUUUCUUAAAAACGGAAAUUUUUAUGAAAAAUUUGCUAGUAUAAAAAUUUUAUCAAAGUUAUCUACGUCUUUUCCUAGAAAAAUUGAAAUUUUAAAUAAAGAAAUAGAAGAGCUAUUACAAGAUACUAGCAAAAGCCUGUCAAUGUUAGCAAUUAGUACUUUGUUAAAAACUGGCACUGAAGAGACUAUUGACAGAUUAGUAAAAUAUUUACCAGAAUUUAUGGCAGAAAUGGAUGAUAAUUACAAAAUUGUUGGAUUAAAUGCUUUAUACAUUCUUACAACUAAGAAUAGUAGGAAAUUAGAUAUAUUUUUAGAUUUCACCAGAAAAUGCUUUUUAGAAAAAGGAAAUUUAAAUUUUAAACUUUUUAUUGUAAAUUUACUAAAAAAGCUUACUAAGAAUAUUGAAUUAUUAGAUACUGUUUUAGAUAUUUAUGUAUGUUAUUUAGAAGAUAGUGAAUAUCACGAAGUGAGUUCAGAAAUAUUAGGAAUUAUGAGUCAUGAAAUUUAUAAAUCGAAAAAUAGUAAAAAAUAUUUAUUACACGUUUAUAACCGAUUAAUUUUAGAAGAUGAAAAAAUAAAAAGUGCAGCUUUACAAUGCAUUUAUAAUUUAUCAGAUAAAAUGGAAAUUAGUGAAAGUAUUUUUGAAGAUAAUGAAGAUGAAAUUAUUAAUACAUUUUAUAUUAACAAUCUAAAAAAUAAUAUUCAUUCAGCGGAAGAUUUUGAAAUGUCUUCACUUGGUGAUUUACAACCUAAAGUUGAAACAUAUUUAAAAUCUUUUACAUUUGUAGAUAAUGAUGAAAAGAAAGUUGUACAUCAAGUUAAGGAAUGCAGAGAACUUUAUCUUUCUAAAGAAAAUGAUGAAAUUAAUGUUAAAUUAGUUAAAAAAAUAACAGAAAAUAAGAUUGUAUUAGAAUAUACGAUUGAAAAUAAAUAUGAAGAUAUUGAAAUAAAAAAUGGUGUAUUAGGAGUUAAAAUAAAAAAUAAAAUUACACCAUUGCCUUUUAAUCACCUAAAGCCAUCUCAAUCUAUUACAUUAGAAUUAGAUAUCGAUUCUGAACCAGAUUUGACAGUAUAUGGAACUCUUGAUUAUGAAAUAUGCAUGGUAGAUGAUUAUUCUGAAGCAGAAAGUGAAUCUAUGUCUUUGUUACCUUAUCAAAUUACUAUUUUUGAUUUAAUGAAGAAUAUUGAAAAAGAAAAAGGACAGUACAGUGGAUCAAUUAAGAUUACUUUAAAGACUGAUUUGGCAGGAGGAAGUAAAAAGAUUUUAGAUUUGAUUAAUUUAAAAAUAUAUUCGCAGAAUAAUUUUAAUAAUUGUAAUCAUCUUCAAUUUUGUGGAGAAUAUAAUAAUUUAGGAUGUUUUAUUGAUUGUACUAUUGAAUUUGAUAAAGUUUGUAGGUGUAAUAUUGAGAUAUGGAAUGACAGUGAUGAGUUAUUAGAAAGACUUUUAAAAUAUUUUGAAUAA